AUGACUAUUAAGCUAAUUGUUGGAUGUUUUACUUUGAACAUAAUCAAUGCAUACGCACCCCAAGCACGCUUGGACGAGGAAGUCAAAAGGCGUUUCUGGAAGGAUUUGGAUGAGAUGGUGCGUUGUAUCACGCAUACCGAGAAGCUUUCCAUAGGAGGUGAUUUCAAAAGACACAUUGGAGCGACGUCUGGGGGGUAUGAUGAUAUGCAUGGUGGCUUUGGUUUUGGAGAUAGAAAUGGAGGAGGAACGUCUCUGCUAGACUUUGCUAGAGCAUUUGAUUUGGUGAUAGUAAACUCGAGUUUCCCGAAGAAGAGGGAGCACUUGGUCAUCUUCCGAAGUUCGGUGGCCGAGACUCAGAUUGAUUAUUUACUCUGCAGGAAGUCCGAUAGAGGUCUUUGCACGGAUUACAAGUGCAUUAGGGAAGCUGCGAGGGAGGUAUUAGGUGUCUCAAAGGGUUGCUUUGGUGGUCACAAGGGAGACUGGUGUUGGAAUAGAGAGGUACAAGAAAAAGUGAAAACCAAGAAAGCAACGUAUCUGAAACUAGUGGAAAGUGUAGAUGAGGAGGAGAAGAGGGCGAAUAGGGAGCAUUAUAAGUUGGCUAAGAAAGAGGCAAAGCUAGCAGUUAUGGUGGCCAGGACUGCAGCUUUUAGUCGUGUCGGCACUCAGCCGUUUUUUGUUUGCUCUGGUGAUGGACGGGAUGCCACCCACAUCUAA